AUAGAAAAGAAGAAGACGAACUGUAAACUGUAAACAUUUCUCAUGUUCAGUUAGCUAACAUUACCUGUCUACUUUACCAGAGAGCAUUCAAGCAAGUCUAUAUAAGUUAUUUCUGCUCUUUAUUACCGUAGCUAUCAGAUGAAGUCGUAAAAACUUAUUGACAGCAAAGAUAUUCUGUUACUGUUUUUAAAUUUAGUUGGGAGCUGGUUUAGCCCAGCUAGCUUACCGUGGGAUGAGUUAAGAGAGCGCUACGUAUAUGUUUUCCUUCAUUUUCUCACCAUGGUGCAUUCGUUGGUGAGCAUUUGUGCCAAGGAGGUGGUCAGUGACCACAGCUCGUCACCCACCUGGCUCCGCUGGGUUCCCAGAGAGCUUUACGGACCGCUGCUGGAGGCCUCCUUCGCCUGCUGCAGACCAUUAGCUGUGGGAGAACUGGUGCAGCGGUGGCCGGAGCGGACCCUCCGAAUAGGAGGACGGAGUAAAGCCGGGGAGACUGCUCCUAGUCGCCUCUGCAUCCAGGCUCUGCUACUGGGUGUGGUGAGAGGACUGACGGACCGAAGGUCAGCCCUGCAGAUACUGGACAUUAGUGGCCUGCAGAAAGAUGAGGGAGGAAUAGGGGAGCCCAUGGGAGGCUGGUCUCUGACCGUCGCGCUCUGCACAAUGGUGGUCCAGGCCAAAGCCGGAGCACAGAGGGCUAAGAGGAAGGAAGGAGACCGAGAGAGGAAACGAUUUUCAGCACUCGAGAGGGAAAGAGAUUUAAAAAGAGAGAGAGGCCAGAGGAUAGAGUCAAGGGCAUUACAGGAUGAUGAGACAUGCGGGGAGAAGGCGGGGUCCAAGGGUCCGAUCAGUGAGCAGGAUCUUAUUAAAGGGGUGCGAAGGAGGAUGGAGAUGGAAAGGAAGAGAGGUAUCGUAGCGACAGGUUCAGGAGGGAGUAAACUUGAAACAGAAGAAAAAGAGGCAUGCUGUGAGGUGCUGGUGCAUGUUAAAGCUGAUCUUUUUGUAAACGCCCGAUCCUGGGAUCGUGUACGCUCAGCUCUGAGCGCUGCAGGACCCUUAAAGCUACAGUGCAGAUACCUAAGAGUGGAAGAAAUAUCAGUGUCCAGUAUCAGAACUCUGCUAAACCUGCUGCCACGCAGGGCGCUGUUGGGCAUAGACAUUCGUUACAGUUUCCUUGGAGUCGCUGGCUUGGCGGAACUGCUGCCUCUGCUGUCCACCUUCCCUGAACUGAACUCUUUGCGGCUCCAUUACUGCAACCUGGAUAUUCGUAGAGAAAGCUUUGGUCAGGAGGAAGUCCUGAGGAACCUGUCGCAAGGGCUGGCAAACCUUCAAGAACUGCGACAACUCAGCCUUACUACUCUGCGUCUGCCUGGACAGCUGCGGGUGUUGCUCAGCUCACUGCCUCAGCCCUUAGAGGUUCUGGAGCUUCCCUAUUUGAGUGUUAGUCCAGCUGACCUUGCCUAUCUGUCCUGCAGCCAUCAUGCCUCCUCUCUGCUGCAGCUGGAUCUAAGCGACAACUGUCUGGAUGAAACCACCAUACCCUCUAUCCGCCGACUCCUUUCCCAGGCUUCCAGCAGCUUGCAGCACCUCUCUCUGAGCGGCUGUGGCCUCACCGAUGGUCUUCUUAGCCGCUUGUUGCCAACACUGGCAGGCUGCUGGGCCCUUAAAAGUUUGGCUUUAGCUUUGAACCCACUGUCCUUGGCGGGUCUGAUUGCCCUGGUGCAGACGGCAGCAAGAAUGCCCUGCCUUCGACAGUUACUCUACCCAAACCCUCUGGAAGACUACCAGCCUGGGCUGCCUGACCUGCCCUCUAGCGCCCAGCUGUUGGAGUGGCCUCUGGAUGAAUCCACAGACAUGAACAUGACUAGCAACCAGCUCAAUAAGGUGCUGAUGGACAGCGGACGCACUGACCUUUUCUUAACCUGUGACCUGCUCAAUUAUGAUAAAGACUUGGUGGUCUAAAGGAGGGGAAUUCAGUGCUAUCAUACAAGCAGCAAAAUCCACACAAAUUUCAAAAUCAUAGUUAAACCUCAUUAAAGGGCUUUGUCCCUUUUAAUCUAUAUUUUCUGUUCUUAGGGUAUCUGUUAGACUGCAUUUGUAAAAAUACCAGCCUCUCCCACCUUAAGCCCAAAAAAGUGGCGCA